UAGUGAGAUUCAUAGACCAUCGUCACCAAUAAACAACAUUUGCUGAAACUGUUACCUACUAAGUGACACAUUCGCUCGAAUUGUUCUGUGUCUUUAAGAAAAAUAAAUUUCGAUAAUGGUGGAUCGUUUAGUGAAUAGUGAAGCAAAUGCAAGAAGAAUUGCAAUGGUGGAGAGCUGCUUCGGCAGCUCGGGACAACCUCUAGCAGAGCAAGGGCGGGUCCUUGUCGGUGAAGGUGUCUUGACAAAAAUUUGCAGGAAAAAACCAAAGGCACGACAAUUCUUUUUGUUUAAUGACAUUUUGGUGUAUGGCAAUAUAGUUAUUAACAAGAAAAAAUACAACAAGCAACAUAUCAUUCCAUUAGAGGAGGUUAAGCUGGAGUCACUGAAAGAUGAAGGACAAUACCGUAAUGGAUGGUUAAUCCGUACUGCAUCCAAAUCAUUUGCUGUGUAUGCUGCUACAGCCACAGAAAAAGAAGAAUGGAUGGCUCAUAUUGAAAAAUGUAUAGAAGAUUUAUUAAGAAAAAGUGGCAAGCAACCUCCUUCAGAGCAUGCAGCUGUUUGGGUACCAGACAAUGAAGCCUCAAUAUGUAUGCACUGUAAGAAAACACAGUUCACUGUGAUAAACAGAAGGCAUCAUUGCCGCAAGUGCGGGUCCGUGGUGUGCGGUCCGUGCUCGUCGAAGCGGUACAUCCUGCGCGGCCAGAGCGACAAGCCGCUGCGCGUGUGCCUGCAGUGCUACGACGAGCUCAGCAGGGAACGCGUCCGACCCCCCAACCAGCAGCAGACCUCGGCCAACACCACGCCCGUUAAAACCGAUACGGCCGGUUCCGGAGGGGACUCCUCGGGCGACGAAGACAGUGAUGACGAUGAUAUCAAUGCCGAAGAGAAACACGACGAGGGAUUCACGAGUUAUAAUGGUGUGAAAAACGGAUUGGGAAAUAAAGUCACAACAGUAUAGUACAAAAUAAUGCUGUCCAAAGUUCUACGGUGACAGCGAAAAGACUGAAGAGACCAACAAUCAUUCGUCCAAGGAAGCCGCAAAGUAAUUGUUGAGAAACUGUCCAACGCUGUCCAUAAUAUACAUACAGGUAAAUUUAAAUGUUUUCAAUGUUAUUAAGAAUAAUAAGACGAAAUUACUUUGAUUAAUUUUAAAAUGAUUAUUCACGUUUUUAAAUUUUUUGGAUAAAUAUGUAUGUAAAUGUAUAAAUGACUAAUUUAAUAUACCUAACCGUAGUUAAUACUUAUCGUCAUACAAACAAACUGCGUUUGCCUGUAAAUUAUCCUGCUGCAUUCAUUUAUAUGAACUGAGGGAAUAUUGUAUUAGUAUAUAUUUUUUUUUAAAAUUUCAAAUGACAAAAUUCAAUUUGUGUAAUUUGUUUUCAAUUUUAGAUAAUUUUAGUUAAAUUUAUCAUUGAGAUGGAAAUGAUCUUUCUGAAGUGUUAAAGGAACGAUAUCGAAAUAAGAAAAGAUAAUAUAGAACCUAAAACAAUAUUUAUUUGAAUAGAAACAAACUGUUGUUGAGUUGCUGCAUAUUGGCUUAACCCCUUAACACUUAGAGCUCUUGUUCACCCAUCUAAGCAACAAAAAAAUAAAGGUGAAUCAUACCACUGAUGUAGUAGGUGUUAUCUUAUCUUGAUCAUAACUACUUAGCGGUGUUGACAUAUAGGAUUGUGGUACCUGCCACUGUGGGCUCACAAUAAAUAUGCUAACUCAAAUUUUGUAAAGUAUUAAAACGAAUUAUAGUACUGGUUUGUGUGGGUACAUUGCGUGCAUUACAAAAACAAUAAUUGACUUGAAUUUCGGAUUCAUAUUAAACAAUUCAAAAUACAUAAUAUUAUUAUUAUGGUCCUAAUGUAUUAUAGAUAGGCUACCAUACAGAAUAAAAAAUAAAUUAAUAGACUUAAGGGGUCAAGUCCCUAAGAAAACUACAAACGAAUGAGUAUUAAACUGAUUUUUAUAGAAAGCAAACCCAACCCCCUAACUUCCGAGUUCGAGUAAAAGACUGUUUAAAUUCAAAAAAAAUUUUGUGCAUUUCGAACAAAUUUCAAUUUUUUGAAUGUAUCAGAAUUCAACAAAACUAUAAUGCAAACCGAAUUCGGUAAAGGUUUCGAACACACCCUGUAUAUGAGUUGCGUCCUUUGAAAAUAGGUAUUUAAAGAAAAGUGUGCUGUUAAAAUUGACCAGUACUCCACCAAAUAUGGCCUUCUUAAAUUUAUACAUUAGAUAGUUACAGUUAAAGUUGAAAGAAUUCUCGUCUGAAAUUGUUAUGAAUAGUUUUUCGAUUAGAUCUUUUUUUAAUAUCAUUAAAUGAUUUGCUUUGUUUGAAGUCGGUUCAAAUGUUAACAUAUAGUGUUAAUUCGCAUUGAUCAAGUGACUAGCGUGAAGAUCGCUGCCAAGAUGGUAACUCAAUAUGUUUUAUGGUGACAGUAAAGUCAAGUAUUUUCGUAUCAACUAUUUUUACGAAGAUACGCGUGACGCAAAUAUCUGGCAUAUGUUUAUAUAUCAAAAGCCUAUGGUUUUCUGUGGUAUUUGUGUUAUUUACAUAACUUCAGAUUAUAAGUAAACACAGCAUGCAAUAAAUACCAAUUAAUGAAAUUGACUGCACUACUUCGCCAAUACACUAUUUUAUACCAUACUAUAUACUCGAUUAUUAAGCGGCUAGCUGGGAUGAUGGUAUGUAAAAAGGCGCAAUUAACUUCAAAGGGUCACUCGCGAAGGAAUGCGAUAUACUGUAUCUCCGAAUAGCCAGCAGUAUAGCUCGAAACAUGUCUAUAUAAAUAAUCGUCAUUGCACCCAAUUUCACUGUAAAUCCAUGCCAGUCUUGGUAAAAGAGAGGUAAAUUGUACCCAUGCAUGUGUACAACGUGUUCCAUUAAGGCUUUCGGUAGGCAGCGGCUUGGCUCUGCCCCUGGCAUUGCUGAAAUUCAUGGACGACGGUAGCCACUCACCAUCAGGUGGGCCGUAUGCUCGUCUGCCUACAAGGGCAACAAUAAAAAGGCUUUUCUGGAAAAAACGAUUUUCGCAAGUCAACAAAUUAAGGUGAAUCAGCCAAAUCAGGACGUUUCGUUUGUUAAUUAAUUAUUGAUAAAAAAUAUUUAUUGUUUUUGCUUACAACAUUACGGUGGUUUUAACGGAUGUUUUAAAAGUGUUUAGUUAAAAUUAAUUAAUAAGCAAUGUUAUUUUAGAUACAUAUUUAAUAAUUUACACGUGGAAUAUAUAUUAUUGUAAUUAGUAAAACACUUAUAGUUUUCUAUUUUGCUAUAUAUUUGAAGUGUUUAUAUCGAGAUAACGUUUAUUUGAAAAUUUUACUUUCCGAGUCUUGUAAUUAGAGCAUCACAUUUUAAAAGUAAACAUUUUCAUUUCAACGUAUUCUCUAGCACUGUUUUUUGUAUAUUAGAAAUUAGUUUAUAAGAGGUGCAUUGAAUAACGUUAAGUCGUAUUUAGUUUCAUAAUGAAACAAUAUUAUGUUUUAUAUAAAAAAAUAUAAGUUAACGAAAUGUUAGAUUGAAAGUCACUUUUUAUUUAUUAACGACCUAUUAUGUAAACUAGGCCUAAACAUGAGUAACCAAUGCGUGCAUUGUUUUUGUUAAUUCCAGAAUUAGAACUAAGCGUAAUAUGUUAAGAUAUUGUUUAAUUUUUCAGUUGACAAAAAUAUACAACUAUUUUUUAGAA